CAUAUGAAUAACAUUUUGUUGAUGGACACAAUGUAGACCAUACAUCUACCAAUAUUAAUUAGCAACUAGGCGUCAGUGACUAUAUAUUAGAAAAACAAAGUGUUCUAUUUCAGUCUCAUGAAAAUAUUCAUCAAAUAUGGAAAUACGUAAUUGCGUCACUCUGUUUUUUAUAACAAAUCUAUUAGAAUAUCAGGAAGUUUGUGCAAAGGGUCAACUAACGGGUGAAACAAAUGAAGACUUAAAUCCAUUAAUGAAACUAACCAAUGUUAAAGAUCAAAAUAAUAGUUCUGAGCAUGCGUUAUCACGAAUGAAAAGGCAAUAUUAUGAUUACAAUUAUGAUCCUUAUUAUUACAGACGAUAUCCUCCUUAUCCUUUACCAAUUAUUGUGGGAUUAGGCGGUUUUGGUAUAGGUACAGGCUUUGGGUAUGGCGGUAGAGGUUUUGGAGGUAGAGGAUUCGGUGGCAGAGGAUUUGGUGGCAGAGGAUUUGGUGGAAGAGGUUUCGGUGGCAGAGGAUUUGGCGGUAGAGGUAUUGGCGGUAGAGGUAUCGGAGGACUGGGAGGUAGAGGAGGCAUUGGUGGUGGACAUGGCAGGGGAUAAACAGAACAUAUAUCUAAGCUGAGAUCUCAUAUUAAAAUUAAUGAAUUUGUAUUAGACCUUUUCCUAAAGUCAUUCUUAAAUAUACAAUAUUUCAAACAAAUUAAUUACUAUUUGAAUAUUUCAUUAUAGAACCAUGUUUUUUUUUAUAUUCUGUUCAGUGCUGUUUUUAAUAUAUAUAUAUAUAU